AACAAGAAACUGAAGAAAGGUUGAAAUAUUUUAUAGCAACUAAUUACGUACAAUACAAUGCCGAACAUCAAAUUACGAAGUUCUGAUGGUGAGAUAUUUGAUGUUGAUGUGGAGAUAGCCAAAGCAUCAGUCACAAUAAAAACUAUGUUAGAUGACUUAGGAAUGGACGAAGAUGACGAAGAUCCGGUACCUUUACCAAACGUGAAUGCAGCAAUUCUUAAGAAGGUUAUUCAAUGGGCAACACAUCAUAAAGAUGAUCCACCUCCUCCUGAGGAUGAUGAGAACAAGGAGAAGAGAACAGAUGAUAUUGAACCGUGGGAUAUGGAGUUCCUCAAAGUUGACCAAGGAACGCUUUUUGAGCUAAUACUGGCUGCAAAUUAUUUAGAUAUUAAAGGCUUGCUUGAUGUUACAUGCAAAACAGUUGCAAAUAUGAUCAAAGGUAAAACACCAGAGGAAAUAAGAAAAACAUUUAAUAUAAAGAAUGAUUUCACACCAGAAGAGGAGGAACAAGUUCGUAAAGAGAAUGAGUGGUGUGAAGAGAAAUAAAGUAGGACAAUGAAACGUUUUGUCAUUUCAUUUUGUCUAAAGAAAAUAGUUCUUUAAUAAUGUUGUUAAUAUAUAUGUUAACUAGCCUUUGUUUUUACAUAGAGAAUUGUUUCAUAUGAUUAUUAUUGACAAGCUUUUUGUUUCUUGUACAUUUUCAUUGAGGUAUCAAAGAUACAGAAUGCUCAAUGUUUCAAAAAGCAAUUAAUAAUUAUUUGAAUUUCUAUGCGUGGGAGUCUCUUUUGAGUUUAGACCUUGUGUAUUAUAUUAUUCUACUAAUUCUAGCAUUUGAAUAAUGUGAAAUUAAAAUGAAUCUUUGAGAGA